AAGGCAAGCUCGCUCCCGAGUUAUGAGCAGAGAAUGAGCGCACGACACGCGCAGGAAUGGCUGCGGCACGAGACCAGGAUUUAAUGAAAUAAUUCCUCGUUUCUCGUGAAUUCUCAUGGUCUGCGAUUUGGGGGAAGUAUUCGGAGAUCUUCUUGUGUGUCCCUUUCGGUACUUUUGUUUCAGUACUCAGUCUCUCUACUUAAUCAAGUCCACAUCCAUGGCUUUUGUUUGAGAAGACAAGACACCGGAGAGUAAACACCCUAUUUGUCUACCGUCUCUAUCCGGGAAAGUGAUUUAUUCGUCUCCUCGACUGCUGAAGGAUGUCGUCUGCACGGGUUGAUUAUAUCGCUCCUUGGUGGACUUACUGGCUUCAUCAGUUUCCUCAUGUGAACCUGAGGUUUCAGCCGCUGGAUCACACAUUUAAACCGCAAGAGGAGAACUACCAGCAGUCGCUCAUCUUCCUGGGCUGUGUCGCAGCAGCUGGGCUUGGUGUGAAUCUGCUGUGUCUGGCCAUCUACCUGAGCUGCCUGUGCUGCUGUCGGAAGGAUGAGGAGGAGGAAGAAAGUAAGAAAUCCAACUCUUGCUGUGUCACUUGGGCUGCUGUCGCUGCCGGACUCAUCUGCUGUGUUGCUGUGGGAGUUGGUUUCUAUGGAAACAGUGAAACCAAUGAUGGGGUGUAUCAGCUGACCUAUUCCCUCUAUAAUGCCAAUCACACACUGGCGGGAGUGGACAGUUUGGUGACGGGUACUAUGGGAGGCAUGAAGAGCGGCCUAAAUGAGCACUUGUCUCGACUGGGCGAGAUCUUUGCUGCACGGGGAGACUUUGUGCAGACGCUACAGUUCAUGCAACAGAUGUCAGAUAGCAUCAUUAAGCAACUACUGGGGCUUCCUGACUGGGAAAAGGCAAAAGUAGACCUGGCCGCCAUAGCCGAUCAGACUGCAUACGUGGAGUAUUACAGAUGGUUGACAUACCUCCUGAUACUAAUAUUGGAUCUGGUCAUCUGUCUUGCUGCUUGUCUGGGUCUGGCCAAACAAUCCCGCUGGCUGCUCACUACGAUGAUGGUGUUUGGGGUUCUGACUCUCAUACUGAGUUGGGCGUCUCUCGGAGCUGAUGUGGCCACUGCUGUGGGCACGAGUGAUUUCUGUGUUGCACCAGACAAAUUUCUAAUGAACCAAACAAAAGACAUAAUCAGCUCAGAUAUUGUGCAUUAUUACCUGUACUGCAGCCAGACUCUCCCCAACCCGUUUCAGCAGUUUGUUUUGCAGUCGCUGACUGUCUUCCAGAGAUCGCUGACCACCAUGCAGAUCCAGAUACAGGGUCUCCUGCAGUUUGCUGUUCCUCUGUUCCCCACAGCUGAGAGGGAUUUAUUGAGCAUUCAGCAUCUAUUGAAUAAUUCAGAGGCCAGUUUACAUCAGCUCACUGCUCUUCUAGACUGCAGAGGACUCAAUAAGGACUACCUGGACGCGCUGAUAGGUGUGUGUUAUGAUGGAGUGGAGGGGUUACUGUAUCUCUGUCUGUUCUCUCUGCUGGCGGCCUGUGCCUUCUCUGUCAUGCUGUGCGCCAUACCGAGAGCGUGGCGACAGAUCGCCAACAGAGAUAGAGAUUACGAUGACAUCGAUGACGGGGACCCGUUUAACCCCCAGAGUCGACGAAUAACGGCCCACCAUUCACACCAGGGCAACAUGCACAGCUUCUGCAGCUACAGUAGCAGCAUGGGCAGCCAGACCAGCCUGCACCCUCCAACACAGGCCGUGUCCAACGCACCCCUGUCAGAAUACAUGAACCAGUCUGCGCUGUUUGGUGGAAACCCACGCUAUGAGAACGUGCCUCUGAUCGGGAGAGGAUCUCCUCCUCCUUCGCUUUACUCUCAGCCAUAUAUAAACCGCUACUCACCAACCAUGAGAGCCACCUACCUCUCCAUGACCGAAGACCAGAUCAGACACUUUGGGGAGGAUUUCCGAGCGUAGAACUGAUCCGUUUUCUUCUGGCAUGCACACGUUUUACCUGGCGUGAUUCUUUACACGCUGGAAAUCUGGACACAUGGAAAACACUCCCGCCAGCAUGUGUGCGCAUCUUUAUUUGUGUUACAGGACCACAGUCUGAGAGGAGAACAUGAUGUUAGAAGUACUCCGUGUGUCUCCAUAUGGGUGCGUGCAUGAUGUAUGUGUGUGUUUGUCGAUUAUUCUGAUGGUGCAAUGCAUCCUUUCCCUCACUACUGACACAUUUGUGAGUUUCUGAAAUAUCCUCUCUCUAAUAAUCUUUUAUUUGUAUGUUUACAUCAUAUUUUUCAUCAAAUAGACUGUUGGUCUUCCCUAUUGCCUUUCAAGUGCAGAAACUGUUCAGUGUAGGUUACAAAAACUAUUUUGGACCCACUUUAUAUCAAGUGUCUUUAACUACUAUGUACUAAGAUUUAAAUGAUUCAUUUGAUGCAAUGCAUACAUACAUUUUUGCAUUACAUCUGUUGUUAAUUUCUGUAAUUACAUCUUUCACGCUGUUGAUACUUUGCCUACCUUUAAACCUAACUAUACCACAAAACCUGUCCCUAUACUUAUCCGUAUCCCUCCUCAGUAGCAGCAAAAGUGUUCUGCAAAACAACAUGAGCACAAUAAGUAUGGUACCUAACAAUCAUUGUUUUUUUUUUUGUUUUUUUAGUGUUAUUUACCAUUUAGGUUACAGUUUAUUUUAAGGUGUCCUUGUUAUGGUGUAAUUAUACAAUUUAGUACUGGUUGAUAUUAAUUAGCUACAUGUACUUAAUAUAUAAUUAGGUUUAGGAUUAGUUGCUUAUAACCAUGCUCAAAUUACUGUUUGUAACUACAUGUAAAAUGUGUAACAGGGACACUGUAAAAAUAAACUGUUACCAUUAUUUAUAUAUUAGUAUACCGGUAUACUAUUAUUAUUUACUUGUAAUUUUAGUUAACUAACAAGACGGCUAAAAAGUAUUAUUAAUAUAUAUAUAUAUAUAUAUAUAUAUAUAUAGUACAUAGAAGUUAAAGACCUAAUUUUAAGUUGGACCUUUUUUUUUUUUUGGGACCAGAGUACACAACCUUCUAAAGGUUACCCAUUUGUCAUAUUAAAGGUUGUACAUAUAAGUGUGGACAAUGGUUGAAGUAUCAAUAUUCUGUCCUACAUAGUAUACAACAUUGCUAAUGUCAAUAUAGUAGGUUUGCUAGGUACUUUUCUAAGCAAUUGUUGCUCAUGAAAAGGUGUCUGACGUUUUUUUAGCUACUGUGCAGUGAACUUCAUGAACAUGUCAUCACUUUUUUUGAUGGCUAACUGUACAGAUACUAAUGCCUUUUAUCUUCUUUUGAAGUGAAUAUUUUGUUUUCUAAAUGUUUUAUGUGCCAAGAAUGGAAGCAUGUUUAGUGCCUCUAAAGCCUUUGUUUUCAUUCCCUUAUUGCUUAAUGAGUUCCCACUGUGUGUUAGCAAGGAUGGGACAAAGAGGGGGAAAUGAAAGCUUUUCUGUUUGGUUUAUGCAUGUAGAGGCGUUUUAAAGUACAACAUGAUCACUUUAUAGUGAUCAAACAGUCACUUUGUACCACAAAUGAUGUCUCUAACAUCCAGAGAGACUUUCACCUCAUUUCCAGCAAGCCCAAAUGAGAGGUCAUUUUUCCUGAAACUUAAAAUCUUAAGAAAGCACACUGAGCCAACUUUCUCCCAUGCUGCAAUGCGUAUAUGCUUUGAAUUAACCUGUUCACCAGCUGUAAAUAACCUGUAUGGUAACAGAUGUUGUGUGAUUAUUUCCAUUUCUUUGCUCCAUUCUUGUGUGCCACUCUCAAUAUACUGUUUGAUAAAAUCAGAUACUUGGACUGAUGCUUGUACGGCAUUUCCUCGAUUGAGAUUGAUGGUGGCUUCCGUCUCUGGUUUAUUGCAUAUAGUGUUUUUAAUACAACUGAUUUUAAUACUUUGGGUGCAUGAAUGACACUGUUGCAGACAGUGAGUUGGUGCUUGAUUUCUGUCUAACUUAGAGGACAGAAACAUGGAUAUAAUAAAGCCAUUUUGAACUGAAUCGAGACAUUUGAGUAAAAACUUUUAUUUUGGAAUGUAUAUAGCAUUUAUAUACAGCA